AUGGCGACUCGACAGCGAACUGCCACCACUGUUGUGGUCGAGGAUCUCCCCAAGGUCACUCUUGAGGCCAAGUCUGAACCUCAGUUCCCCGAUAUCAAGACCAUCAAGGAUGCCAUCCCCGCCCACUGCUUCCAGCCCUCGCUCGUCACCUCAUUCUACUACGUCUUCCGCGACUUUGCCAUGGUCUCUGCCCUCGUCUGGGCAGCUCUCACCUACAUCCCCAGCAUUCCCGACCAGACACUCCGCGUCGCAGCAUGGAUGGUCUACGGCUUCGUCCAGGGUCUCUUCUGUACCGGUGUCUGGAUUCUCGGCCAUGAGUGCGGCCACGGUGCUUUCUCUCUCCACGGAAAGGUCAACAAUGUGACCGGCUGGUUCCUCCACUCGUUCCUCCUCGUCCCCUACUUCAGCUGGAAGUACUCUCACCACCGCCACCACCGCUUCACCGGCCACAUGGACCUCGACAUGGCUUUCGUCCCCAAGACUGAGCCCAAGCCUUCCAAGUCGCUCAUGAUUGCUGGCAUUGACGUCGCUGAGCUUGUUGAGGAUACCCCCGCCGCUCAGAUGGUCAAGCUCAUCUUCCACCAGCUUUUCGGAUGGCAGGCGUAUCUCUUCUUCAACGCUAGCUCCGGCAAGGGCAGCAAGCAGUGGGAGCCCAAGACUGGCCUUUCCAAGUGGUUCCGAGUCAGUCACUUCGAGCCUACCAGCGCUGUUUUCCGUCCCAACGAGGCCAUCUUCAUCCUCAUCUCCGAUAUCGGUCUCGCUCUUAUGGGAACUGCUCUGUACUUUGCUUCCAAGCAAGUUGGUGUUUCGACCAUUCUCUUCCUCUACCUUGUUCCCUACCUGUGGGUUCACCACUGGCUCGUUGCCAUUACCUACCUCCACCACCACCACACCGAGCUCCCUCACUACACCGCCGAGGGCUGGACCUACGUCAAGGGAGCUCUCGCCACUGUCGACCGUGAGUUUGGCUUCAUUGGAAAGCACCUCUUCCACGGUAUCAUUGAGAAGCACGUUGUUCACCAUCUCUUCCCUAAGAUCCCCUUCUACAAGGCUGACGAGGCCACCGAGGCCAUCAAGCCCGUCAUCGGCGACCACUACUGCCACGACGACCGAAGCUUCCUGGGCCAGCUGUGGACCAUCUUCGGCACACUCAAGUACGUGGAGCACGACCCUGCCAGACCUGGCGCUAUGCGAUGGAACAAGGACUAG